CUUCAUUUCUGCGAUCACUCAAUCCCGUCGUCCUCUUAGGUUUUAGGAUUUCUUCCCAAAAAUGCCGCCAAAGUUCGAUCCAUCCCAAGUUGUCGAUGUGUAUGUUCGAGUUACAGGAGGAGAAGUAGGUGCCGCCAGUUCUCUUGCACCAAAAAUCGGUCCUCUAGGUCUUUCCCCAAAGAAGAUCGGAGAAGAUAUUGCAAAAGAGACGGCUAAGGAUUGGAAGGGUCUCCGUGUAACUGUGAAACUCACAGUUCAGAAUCGUCAAGCAAAGGUAUCCGUCGUUCCUUCUGCAGCCGCUCUUGUUAUCAAGGCAUUGAAGGAGCCGGAAAGAGAUCGUAAGAAGACGAAGAACAUCAAGCAUAAUGGAAACAUAUCACUUGAUGAUGUUAUUGAAAUUGCUAAGAUUAUGCAUGUGAGAUCUAUGGCUAAGGAUCUAUCAGGUACGAUUAAGGAGAUUCUGGGUACUUGUGUUUCAGUUGGAUGCACUGUUGAUGGAAAGGAUCCUAAAGAUCUGCAACAAGAGAUUACUGAUGGGGAUAUUGAAGUUCCUCUUGAAUGAAUGAUAAGUUUUUUUUUUAUUUUGUUCUUUGUUUUCUGUUAGUUGUCUUGGAUUUUUGUAUUGUUAAGUCUGAUUGAGAUUUUUCAUUUCUUUGAUUCGUAUAAGUUGAGAACAUGAUGAUAUUUUGAUAUCAAAGUUUUAUCUUAGUUAUCUUGA